GGGGUCAUAGUUACGCUAGGUCAAUGUGCCCUUCCACACGUGUUGCCGGUGUCUUCUAGAAGCGUUCCUGGUAGUACGUCGGUGCCUGCGUGUUCUUAUUUUUCUCUCUUCUUUAAACAGUUUAUAGUAUCAUGCUAAAGUCUCUGGUCCGCGCGGUGGGAGCUGCUGUUCGGCUGUCCUCGGCACCAUCCGCUGCUGCACGGGCUCUGCCGCUCAGCUGUCCGACCAACCGCUCUCCUGGUUCGGUUGCAUCUCGGCCCUUCACCCGCUCCCUGUGGAUGUUGAACAGUAACGGAGCCCCGUCGGGAUACAGACCUAAACUGUUCAGCUCAAAAGUACUAAGUCCGUCUGUGUCGUGUGGAUGUGGAGGGCUGCACACGGAAGGAGACAAAGCGUUUGGUAACUUCCUGUCCGAUGAAAUCAAAGAGGAAAAGAAGAUCCAGAAAAACAAAACCCUUCCUAAGAUGUCUGGAGGAUGGGAGCUUGAGAUGAACGGCACAGAGGCCAAACUCACAAGACACCUUUCUGGUGAAAAAGUGACGGUCACAUUCAACGUUAACAACAGCAUCCCUCCAAGCUUUGAGGAGGAGGAGGAAGCGCAGCAGCAGCAGAAACCAGCAGAGGAAGAGCCAGAGAUUGUAUCUACGCCAAACUUUGUUGUUGAAGUAACAAAACAGAAUGGGAAGCACACGCUCGUGUUUGACUGUCAUUUCCCUGAGGAUGAGAUGAGUCAUGGUGAGGGGGAGGAGGAGAGCGACAUCUUUGCCAUCCGGGAGGUCAGCUUUCAGCCAGAGGGAGACUCUGAGUGGAAGGAGACCAGCUACACCCUCAACACAGACUCCCUGGACUGGGCGCUGUACGAUCAUUUGAUGGACUUCCUGGCCGACCGCGGCAUUGAUAACACCUUCACAGACGAGCUCAUGGAGCUCAGCACUGCCAUAGAGCACCAAGAGUACAUCAAGUUCCUGGAAGAUCUCCAAAGCUUUGUCAAAUGUAACUAAUAUUUAACUUAACUGUCUGUUCUCCAGAUGAAAUUUCAAAGGACUAAAGCACUCAAGACUCAUGUUUGGCACCCGGCAACAAGAAUGUUGCUUGUUUUUCUGUAACUUCAAUAGAAAUAUUUGUCAGCCAUAGUGAUCAUUUAGUUUCUCAGCCUCUAUUUUACAUCUCAUGUCCCCUUUAAAUGUGUAAACGUUCAAUCAAGACCUGUUCUAAAGCUAAUAAAGAGAAUUGUCAGUUUUCAUUCGA